AUGAUUCCAGUGUGUCAGAAAAUGCUGCAAAAGCUCUUCCUAAAAUGGACAAGGUGUCGAGUACAUCCAGAAGAGUUUUGGCACACUAUGUUUAACACUGAAAUGCGAAACACUCUUUUGCAUAUUCUUUGGAGAGAUCUUGUCAAGAAAGCAUUUCUUCAUGGACCCGCAAUUGACGUUCCAGUACUCUGCCUUGAUGGUAAAAUUCCUCGGCGGUGUAAUUUGUUAGACUUCCAGCAACCAGGCCGGCCAUUGGUGAUAAACUUUGGGUCAUGUUCCUGACCAGAGUUCAUGGUGGACCUACAACAGUUUAAUAAAAUGGUCCGCCGCUAUCAGGGACAAGUCGACUUCCUUGUUUUAUACAUCGAAGAAGCACAUCCAGUGGACGGUUGGGCGUUUAAGGUAAAGCAAAUUGAAAAAGAAUUGAAAUAGUAAGAGCCCUUAAACAUUUGAACAGUGUUACUAUGGAUUCAAGAGCCGAAAACUGUUCAAAAAAAGUCUUCGUAGGAAACGUUUUUCAUUUUUCAAAAAUCUAACUAUUUCAUGUUUUCAAGCAAAUUCUGUGAGCUAGGUUUUAAGACUGGUGAGCGGGCUACAAUGAGAUGUGAAGUUUAGCCGGCUUACUAAUCCGAUAACAAAUGAAGAGGAGUAUGGUUGAUGAUUCCUCUUCAAUUCAGAGAACAAAAGAAAUUUACGUUCUGUUACGCUAGAGAGAGAACAAACUGGAUGUUACGCAAAGACCCUGCCUUACGACAAGUUUAACAACUUUCAGAAACAUAUUCUCAAACAUUUUUUUCAUGCCAUUCUGGUACUUUCAACAUUAGGACUUGUAUACCAUAAUUAGCUGAAAAUUCAGUUUUCCUAAGUUUAGAGGUAGGCUUUGAAAGACUUUGAAAUGUAGGCUAUAAGAAAGAGUAGUCAAAGAAAACCCAGAGUAGAUCAAUGUUAACUGUUUUACCCAUGAAAAUAUGCGCUUUCAGAGAUGAAAUUAACGACAUGUUUCCCAUUGUUUGUUUCACGAUUCUUCCAUUCAUCACAAUUGGAAAUACAGAAGAUGAAUACCCCUCUAAUUGCAUGCAUUAAUUACUUACACGAAAGCACGUUCUCUUGAAUUAAAAGAUCAUUAUCCUUAAAAAUGGCUGAAAUUUUUAACUUGACUCUAAAAUGAUUAAGGGGGCUGGGUAUACGGGACCUCAGAUCUCCUAAAGAGCUUAGAAGAAAAGUGCACAGAUUAAUUUGCGUCCAAUUAGGAUUAUCCCUUGGGAGGGAAACAAAGCAACUCGCAUUGAACCCAACGAUCUCACCAAUAAAUGAUAAACGUACUUGAUAUUGGUUAUUUGAUGCCCCUCCUUUUUCAACUGUGGCGAACAUAGAAUUUGUGUUUCUUACUCUAUUUUUUUGUAAUGUUAUUUUGACAGAACAACCCCAAGAUACUUCAACACCGAACUAUAGAAGAAAGGUGCGCGGCUGCUAAGCUUCUUCAGCCUUAUUGUCCUGACGAGGUUUCAAUAGUUGUUGAUACAAUGUGCGACGCUGCAAAUGCCGCUUAUGGUGCCAUACCGGAAAGACUUUACGUCAUCAAGGAUGAUGUUAUAUCAUACCAGGGAGGGGUAGGACCUUUUUCAUACGAUCUUGCAGAGGUGGAAACUUGUCUGACUCAGAUAUUUCAAGAACAAAAUUGA